UUCCCUUGCUCUUCUUUCAUGAAUGCAAAACUAAACUCAUUUGAAGUUUACUUGAAACCAAACCUUCAAAACAUGGGAUUAGUCAUUACUCCUUCGUCCCAUUUUUUCCCAAAAAUAUUUUCAAAUUCAUCUUUCACUGACAAUCAUAAUUCAUCUUCAACUCUAAAGCCUAUUCAUAAAAAAUUGCUAACAAAUACUCAUGCUUCGCUUGUUUUCCAACCACCACCUCUCUUAGCUGCAAACGAUGGUAAGAGGAAUCUCCUAUCAAGGAAUGGAGAGUCAUUAGUUGUUACAUUUGGCACCAAAAAUGGUUUUGGCGAGGAAGAUAACAGGGCACUUGAGACCGUGUUAAAGCUUUAUACAGCGAUCAAGCAGAGGAAUGUUCGAGAAUUGUCGGACGUUAUUGGAGAUGAAUGUAGAUGUGUUUGUAACUUCUUUUCUUACUUCCAUUCAUUCUAUGGGAAGAAGCAAGUGUUGGAGUUCUUCAGAUUUUUGUUGGAAUACUUGGGAAAGAACAUAGAAUUUGUAGUGCGUCCCACAUUACAUGAUGGAAUGAAUGUUGGCGUUUCAUGGAAACUAGUAUGGGACAAGAAGCAUGAUGUACCACUUGGAAAAGGUAUCAGCUUCUAUAUGUGUCAUGUCUACCAUGGAAAGAUGGUAAUUAGGAACGUGGAGAUGUUUUUGGAGCCACUUGUCCAUAUCGAACCGCUUCAACUGAAAGUCAUUGGAUUUGUGAUGUCAAUCUUGGAUAAGUGGGGGUGGAACAAAGAGAUACAGAGCUGGAAUAAAAUAAGAUCAAACAUCAAAGAGAAGAGGGCUUUAUAUCUCUCGUCCACUUUGGCUGUCACGGUUGUGUUCUUGUUCAUGAUCGGCCUGUGCUAGACAAUACAGAUAUACAUGUAAUGUUGCUAUUAAGUUUUCUUUGCUUUUGCUGCACUUGACAAAAGAGGGGAACAAAUUCCGUAUUUACUUCUCUAACAUAAGGUCAAGUUCUUGUUACAA